CGUUCGUUUGCCCCUCAGGCUGCUAAGCACGGGCAUCCCAGUCGGAACCCUCUAUUUAUCCUGUGUCUGUCGCUUGUGAGCACGGAUGUGUGGAAUCCUAGGCCUCCUCCUGCACGAUCCGAGCAUCGAUGCAGCAGCAGAGAUCUGCGAGGGCCUCUCCCUUCUCCAGCAUAGAGGCCAGGAUGCGUGUGGUAUCGUCACUUGCGGGCCCAAGGGACGCUUCUACCAGUGCAAGGCGAAUGGCAUGGUCAGGGAUGUCUUCGACUCCAAUGCUCUGUCCUCUCUCGCCGGCAGCAUGGGUAUCGGACACGUGCGGUACCCAACUGCGGGCAGCUCGCAUCAUGCCGAGGCGCAGCCGUUCUACGUGAAUUCACCGUACGGGAUCGUCUUCGCACACAACGGCAACCUGAUCAACACCGCUUCUCUGCUGCAUUUCAUGGAUGCCACCGCUCAUAGGCAUAUCAACACUUCGUCCGACUCCGAGCUGCUGCUGAACAUUUUCGCGGACAACCUGCAAAAGACAGGAAAGUUCCGAAUCAACGAAGAGGAUAUUUUCACGGCGAUCGGCGGUUUGAUGGAGCAGUGCAAGGGCGCGUAUGCCUGUGUAGCAAUGCUUGCCGGGUUCGGGAUCAUCGCGUUCAGGGAUCCCAACGGUAUUCGUCCCGUUGGCAUGGGUUCACGCAAGGCCCAAGGCAGCGCGACAGGCCGAGACUACUUGUUCGCAAGCGAGAGUGUCGUCGCUGAUGCCAGCGGCUUUGGAGACUGGGAGGACGUUCGACCGGGUGAGGCCGUCAUCAUCACCCGCAGCAGCGUCACUCGCCGAGUAGUUGCGCAGCCCGCACCAUUUGCGCCGGACAUCUUCGAGUAUGUCUACUUUGCGCGUCCGGACUCUGUAUUGGACGGCGUCAGCGUGUACCGGAGCCGCAUGGCGAUGGGCGACGCUCUUGCCGAGGAGGUGAAACGUGUGCUCACUGAGAAGGGAAUUACAGUUGAUGUCGUUAUUCCCGUCCCGGACACAUCACGAGUGGCGGCUCUUAAUCUUGCGCAAAAGCUGCAGCUGCCAUACCGUGAAGGUUUUAUUAAGAACCGCUAUGUCGGGCGAACGUUCAUCAUGCCAGGGCAGCAAAUGCGACGCAAGAAUGUUCGGCGUAAGCUGAACGCCAUGGCGCUGGAGUUCGCUAACAAAAAUGUCCUCAUUGUGGAUGAUUCCAUCGUUCGCGGUACGACAUCGAAGGAGAUUAUCCAGAUGGCGAAGGACGUCGGCGCCAAGAAAGUUAUCGUUGCAAGCUGUGCUCCCCCGAUCCGGUUUUCUAACGUGUACGGCAUCGACAUGCCGUCGCGAUCGGAGCUCGUCGCCCACAGCCGCAACGAGGAUGCAAUUGCGCAGGCGAUCGGCGCAGACCUUGUCAUUUUCCAGACGCUCCCGGAUCUCAUCUCGUCCGUGCGACAAUUCAACCCGGACAUCUCACAGUUUGAUUGCUCCGUCUUUACGGGCGAAUACGUGACUGGGGGUGUGGAUGAGGAAUACCUCUCCCGCCUGGAGCAUGUACGCGCGGAGAAUACAAAGAGCGGGCGUGCGAACGGCGUUGCUGAAGGUUCUGACGCGCUGCGGGAGGGCAGGGAGCUUGCGCUAGGCUGCAGCGGGCCGAUGAACGGGGCUGAUGAUACAAUAGGUUUGCAUAAUAGUUGGAAGCUCAGCUAACAGGUGUAGCCUAGAUGUCAAUUUCAAAGUGUACUGUAUCCGUGUUCUAGUUGAUGUGACGAGGGCCAUUCACACAAUUUAUCGUCGUGAACAGGGUGCUUGUUGAGCUGG